ACUAUAAUGGAGUCUGACAACGAAGUGUAAAUUUUAAUUAAAAAAAAAUUAUAAUGGAGUCUGACUCCGAAGUUGGGUGAGAGACGGCGGUGAUGAUUGAUUGGUGGUGACGGAGAAAAUACUGUCCUCCUUUCCUUGACGGGCUCCCCAAUAUAGCUUCCCUUUUAAUUGAAAUACUCAAAGCUUCACGACAAAUCUUGACUCGAGCGUCUUCGUUCUCCUUCUUCUAAGCUAUGCUUCAGUUAAGACUUGCAAGAUCCACUCUGCUUUCACCGAACUUUCUCUCCAAAUCCAAUUUUGCACCCAAAAUUACUUCCCAUUCUCCUCUCGUCGUCAAGUUCAAGGGGCAACUGCAAAUGGGUUCUCCUUACACGACGUCUUCUUCUUCUUCUUCUUCUUCUUCAAAGCUGUUGUUUCGUCAACUGUUCGAGAAAGAAUCUUGCACUUACACUUACCUUCUCGCCGAUGUCUCCCACCCGGAUAAACCCGCACUUUUGAUCGACCCUGUUGACAAAAUGGUGGAUAGAGACUUGUCUCUUAUAAAGGAAUUGGGUGUGAAGCUUGUUUAUGCUAUGAACACUCAUGUACAUGCGGAUCAUGUCACUGGAACUGGGCUAAUUAAGAGUAAGCUUCCAGGAGUAAAAUCUAUUAUUUCGAAAGCAAGUAGUUCAAAGGCUGAUGUUCUGGUUGAACCUGGGGAAAAGAUCUGUUUUGGCAAUCUCUUUCUUGAGGUUCGUGCUACUCCUGGACAUACAUUGGGUUGUGUUACCUAUGUUACAGGAGAAGGGCCUGAUCAACCUCAACCGAGGAGGGCAUUCACAGGAGAUGCCCUACUGAUACGUGGGUGUGGGAGGACUGAUUUUCAGGGAGGAAGUUCAGCACAGCUCUACAAGUCGGUGCAUUCACAGAUAUUUACAUUGCCUAAGGACACAUUAAUCUAUCCAGCUCAUGAUUACAGAGGAUUCACAGUCAGCACAGUGGGAGAAGAGACUCAAUACAAUCCUCGCCUAACAAAGGAUGAGGAAGGUUUCAAAGACAUAAUGGCCAACCUAAAACUGUCAUAUCCAGGCAUGAUGGACGUUGCAGUUCCUGCAAAUAUGGUUUGUGGGAUGCAAGAGCCGGCUUCCAAAGCUUGAUGAGCCUUUAUCCAGUGAUGCCUAACUAGUUUUACACUUGAUAUUUAUUGUUGUUGGGGCAUUCAAGUCACCAUGUGUGCAAAAUGAUGUAUAAUUUCCUGUCGUUUGAUUUUAAAAUUGGAGAAAAAAUACAUCAUUACAUCGUCUAAUUAUGUAUUAUUGCAAAUGUUUAAAUAAAUAAAUUAAAUUUUAUUUGUCCAAA